AUGGCCCCUCGUCCAGUUCGUAGACGGCCGACGCGGUUCUCCGUCAGAGAACCCGACACACCAUCAAAUUCAAACCCGCUCACCUUUCAAAAACCAAACCUCCCCCCGCUUCAGGGAACCCCGAGCUCCAGAAGACAGUAUUCGUACGGCGCGGAGGUUGAGCCCAUGCCGUCACGACCUGGUCAUGGUCUUUCAAGAAACCAAGCUCGAGAUAUUGGCAGUGCGGUCAGAAACGUGCUCAAGGCACCCGGCGUGAAUGAUGAAGAAGAAGACCACCACCAAGACCGGCAGGAAAAGACUCAAAAGCCGCAAGGUCCGAAACUUGCCCAGCCAGAACUCGAUGAAUUGGCCGGGAACCAACUGUCCCAAUCACAGCAUCUGCCUUCCUAUCUCUCUGGUAAUCCCGUCACGGGACUAGCGACACGCCCUCUGCUGUCGCUGAGGAACCCCAGGCCUGAUGGUAGUGAUGGCGACGAUGCGCGAAGCUUUGGCAUUGAAAGUGAUUUCUAUGGUGAUGCAACGAUAACUUCGACGCCUAGAGCCCCACCACCUCAACGGCCAGAGCUGAGCGAUGAACUGUCAAUAGCCUCUGCCCCUGCAAACGGGAGACUCUCACAUUCAGUAGUGAACAAACUUCCUGCUGUAAUCAGUGAAGACGAAGAAGUAGACCUCGUCAAACAGCCACAGGCCGCCUACAAGGGGCCAGCGAAGAUAGUGGGACCAUCGCCAUUGCGCGCACCACCUCGCCGGCCACCGCAGCUGCCUGCUCAACAACCACGAUUUGAACAAGAAGAGGAGGAAGAAGAUGAAGAAGAAGAGGAUGAGGAAAAUGAGCAGGGCACUGACGCUACCGACGAGCACCAAGAGGGAAACGAAGAAGACGAUCUUGUUGAACAUCAGGGACCUAGACCAAUUGCCCAGACAAACACCCCAGCUCCUGGACGCUCACAGCCAGAGCUACGAGACCAUAUACAGAGGACGCGGAUGGGUGGACCGUCGCUGGCACAGGCACAGCCAAAGCCUAUACCCAGAUUGCAACCUCCAAAUACCAGCGCAAGUACGCUUAGAUCGACCGAGGGCUUGAGGUCGAACCAGGUCCGGCGCUCACAACUGUCCACCAGAGCACAAUUAGAACCUCGUCCACGAACCCACCCUGAGCGUCGAGAUCAGGGCUCCGAAGAGAACAGCUCGGAAGAUGGUCGAUGGCUUGACAGAGCGGCUGCAACUACAACAAAUCUGUUUGCGCAGGCCAAGUUUCUAGUGAAUAGCAGCCCUUUCAGUCUGGGUAGACGAUAUCCAGGUGACGAUAGCGAAAGAGAUACGGCCAUCCAAAGAGACAUCGCCCAGGCCGAAACAGAAGUCGCCCGUGAGAGACUGAGGGAAGAAAACGAGGCUGCUUAUCAACGCAGUUACCAGAGAUGGUCGUGGCUAAAGUCCUUCUUCACCCCUUUCACAGGCAGGAGGCAAAGCCAGCACGGUAACACCGCCGCUCCGGGCAGCAAUCGUCGGAGCAUGUUCGCUUUAUUACGCUUGUUGAACCCGAUGAUUUAUCUAAGGGCUAUUGUAUGGUUGAUCCAGGCAUUACUAGACUGGAUAAUGCAAGUUGUUCACUUCAUUAUCCCGGCUGGUGUUUGGGACCAACUAUCAUCAGUAUUUGGGUUUCUGCCGCAUAUACUGGCGGGAGGACUGGCAUUUGUCAUGGCAUUUGCCUUCGCAACUCAACUAGCUGGAUCAACGGACAGCGGCUGGCCCCCCCAGGUCAUGGAGGCGGCAUUGCGAACGUUUGACGAUUUACGAUACGGAGUCAGUGGCCUAAUCCCAACUGUGACUUGGCCGAAGCGAGACCGCUGGGUAGACCUCGAAAAUUUAUGGGAAGAUGAUGACUCAUCGAGAAACAAGCUCCAGCACUUUCUUAGUCGCAUGGAGGAGGAGUUCCUGACAUUAAAACGGUCGGGAAAGAUUCAUGACGCUUCUCUCAAGAAGUUGGAGAAAAUCCUUCCGAGCAUUGUCCACAUGGAUUUGAGAGACGGCAGACCAGUCAUUUCAGAGGAGUUUUGGCACGCCUUGCGAGAUUUGAUUCACGAAGACGGCGGUUUCCUAGCUUUCGACAAGUUUGGGAGCGAGUAUGCCGUGUCGUCUGACCGACAGUGGAGCGCCAUCACCUCGCGACUGCUUCGCGAUCCAGCAUUUACAAAUAAACUCAACCUGACGGCAUCCGGGAUUGAAGACAGGUUGAGCCGCAAGAUGAUCACCUUUUGGGAUAAGUGGGUCAAAGACAAUGAUGACAAGAUUGCGCAUUUGCUCGGAACAGCAGUGGAUCAGAUCAAAUCGGCUGGAUCGCAAAGGGAAUUCGAGGACCGCCUGAACAGGAUUGUCGGUGAACAGCUUGCUCAGCGGGAGGAGAAGGAGGGCCAGAAAGGCAGGUUCGUCUCUCGAGAAGAAUUCACCCGACACCUGACAAACGAAGUCGCCAGUCUGUCGUCCCAGCUCAGGGCAGAGCUUCACGAUUUACAACCGCAAAUGGAACGCUUGGUGCAACGAGCCAUCGAUGCUGCCACCCAGGAGCUCACUCACGGCAUGAGCCGAGCCGACGUGACGGCCCUCGUCAACAGUCUCAUCGACAAGGCCCUCGCCGACAUCAACCUCGAGGCCGUGGCUCUCGGCAAAAUCCACAGCCACUGGGACAACGACCUCCGCAACCAAGUCAACUACUUUGCUGUGGGAGCCGGCGCCGCAGUCGACCCCCGGCUCACGUCUGCCACCUGGGACCCUCGAGGCGCAGCCAUCACCCGCAGACGAUACGAGCAGGGUCAGCGUGGGCCGGAAGCCUUCCCGCCCAUCGCAGCCCUCGAGCCCUGGCAGGAAGAAGGCGACUGCUGGUGCGCGGCCCGCUCGGUCAACCACCGCGGCAACCCUCACGGGGCAACGCUGUCCGUCCAGCUGCGCCACUCCGUCAUCCCGCAGCACAUCGUUGUCGAGCACAUCCUGCCCGGCGCCACGACCCAGCCCGGCGCUCGGCCGAAGUCCAUCGAGGUAUGGGCCGAGAUUCUCGACCCCGAGGCCCGCGAGCGCAUUCUCGACUUUGCAUCGGUCUACUUCCCCGACGAUAAGAGUGACUGGAACUACACGCCGCCCGACUUCUCGUCGCAAUUUGUAAAGAUCACCCAGUUUGUGUACAAGGGCACAGAGCUGCACAGGGGUGUGCACGUGCACAGGCUGAACAGCGAGUUGCUUGCUCUGGGAGCGCACACGGACCGCGUGGUUGUAAGAGCCGUCAGCAACUACGGCGCGGCAAACCACACGUGUUUCUACAGGGUGAGGCUGUACGGGUUCAACGUCGAUCUGGAUCCCCGGGAGGGCGGAAACUCGUACUACUAG